AUGGCAACUCUGAAAGGUGCAGUAGCACGGAAGUCUAUACUGGCAACAAUCCGCCUGCUCGUUCCAGCUGGUGCUGCCCGUCCUGCACCACCAGUUGGCCCGGCAUUGGGUUUUUAUAGGCUCAAUUUAAUGGCGUUCUGCAAGGAUUUCAAUGCAAGGACCCAAAAAUACAAGGCAGAAACUCCUAUGCAGGUCACACUAACUGCCUAUAAAGAUAGCACUUUCGAGUUUGUAGCCAAGUCGCCGUCCAUUUCAUGGUUCCUAAAGAAGGCAGCAGGAAUUGAGACAGCCAGCACUCGUCCUGGUCACAACAUUGUGUCAUCCCUUACACUCCGCCACGUUUAUGAGAUUGCAAAACUUAAACAAGGUGACCCCUUCUGCAAGCAUAUGUCGCUCGAGGCAUUGUGCAACUCUAUCAUUGGCACAGCUAACUCAAUGGGCAUUGAGAUUAUCAAAGAUCUCUGA